CUUUUCUCCAUCUCUCCAUAGCUUUUGAAAAAGCUCCAUUUUUUCCAUUGAAGCCAAAGCCUUUUCUGCGUAUUGGCUACAUACCAUUUCAAGAAGAAAGAUUUGGUACAUUUCAGGAGGAACAAAUCCAACUCUUGAGGGAUCUAUCUCAAUGGGGUUUGUACACCUACCAUCACAAACUCUGGACAUGGACAGGGAACCCAUCCCAAAAACAAAGUUUGAUGAGAGGGAGGAUGUGAUUUGGGAUUCAUACAACUCUUGGAUUAUGGAGCACCCUUCUGCAUUGGAUGAAUUUGAGCAGAUAAUGAGUGCAAUACAGCAUAAGAAAAUUGUUGUGUUUCUUGAUUAUGAUGGGACUCUCUCAGACAUUGUAGACGAUCCCGACAAGGCUUUCAUGACUGAAACGAUGCGAUCAGCGGUUCGUGAAGUGGCUGAAUGUUACCCUACCGCCAUCAUCAGUGGAAGGCGUCGGGAGAAGGUUCAGGACUUUGUCAAAUUGGACGAUAUUUACUAUGCAGGAAGCCAUGGAAUGGACAUCAUCUCUCCGGUAUGCUCGAAUAGGUUUGGAGGUCAAGAACACCAUCGCAGGGUUGUCGAUGAAAAGGGUAAUGAGAUUGUCCUCUUCCAACCUGCUGCAGACUUCUUACCUAAAGUUGAAGGGAUUUUCAGGCUGCUGACUACACGAACCAAGAACAUAAAAGGCUCGAGGGUUGAGGACAACAAGUUCUGCGUGUCGGUUCAUUUCCGAUGCGUCCAUGAAAAGGACACCAACGCCCUUAAAGAAGUGGUAGAAUCUGUGCUGGAAGAUUAUCCAGAUUUUCGGGUUACUAGGGGGAAAAAGGUCCUUGAGGUUCGCCCUCUUAUAGAAUGGGACAAGGGUCAUGCCCUUGAGUAUCUUCUCGAUACGCUUGGUUUUGAUAGCUCAGAUGUUGUCCCUAUAUACUUAGGCGAUGACCGUACUGAUGAAGAUGCAUUUAAGAUGAUAACAACUCGAGGAGAGGGGUACCCGAUAAUUGUUUCGUCCAUCCCCAAAGAGACAAAGGCUUCCUACUCUCUGCGCGACACCAAGGAGGUGAUGCAGUUCCUUCAAAAUCUUGCAAGGUGGAGCACCAACUCUUCGCUGGGAAAUUCAUGAGUUUCAACUUAGUCCAGAAAGGAUAUAGAUUAGAGCUGCCUGUAGGGCUGGUGGAGAUGAGCUAAUACAGAAGUAGUUCAGUAAUUUUAACCUUCUCUUUGUCAGAACUUUGGGGAAGUAGGGGACAUUGUCCGCCCAUGUUCUAAUGGUGACACAUUUUUUUCUGUGGUCACUAGUAGGACUUGGGAGAUGAAAACUGAACAAAAACUGAAACUUUAGACUUUUGAGUAUUUACAGAAUCAUGAAAAGAAAAGAAAGAAUAGAGAAAAUGGGGGAGAGGGAAAGGUAUAGGGCCUUUUGUUUUUUGAGGGGUGGCCUCCAUUUUUCUCCCCAUACAGGACUUGGUUAUAAUUUCUUCAAGGACUGCAACUUUGUUUCUGAACUACUAAUUUUUCUGUAUAUUUUUUUUUUCAUGGGAAUCCUUUUAUUUCUCUGUGAUGUAUGGCUCAUUCGCCUGGAAAAUUUGACUUGUUUCUGGGGCCUGAAGUUGUGCUUUCAAUGGAGCUGUAAGCUCAAGAAUU